AAAUUCUGAUCAACCAGUCGAUUCUACCAUGCCAUUUUACUAGUGUUGCAGUACAUUGUAAUUUUGAUAGUUUGUAAUUCCGUCCAAGACUGUUUGUUUUUCCAGAUCCCUCGUGCAAUUACAGCUAGACAAGAAAUCUGUAUGCUUGUUAUAUCUUUUUAAAUACCAUCUAAAAUGAAUGAAAAAAUAUUUGUUUCGUAAAUUUUGUUAACUGGGAAUUGAGGUUUGAGCAGGAAUGAGUUGUCUCGUACGUGUCACCUCUUGAAGGUUCGCGUCAACCCGCGACUUACGAGCUCGUCACAAAUGCUUAGUCUUGCUGUUGGUCGCUUUUCCUCUGUCUCGACUAACGGGCGCACAGGGCUUGUAACAUUCUGUAUUCUGCUGUUAGCAUGGGUUGUUGGGUUUAUUAUACGUCUUUUCUCAGUUAUACGUUUUGAAAGUGUCAUCCAUGAGUUCGAUCCUUGGUUUAAUUACCGAGCCACCAAGCAGAUGGUCGAAAAUAGUUUUGAAAGCUUUUACAAUUGGUUUGACAGCACUGCGUGGUACCCACUUGGGAGGAUCGUUGGAGGCACUGUCUAUCCUGGUUUAAUGAUAACUUCAGGUUUUAUUCACUACAUGUGUCACCUUUUGAGUUUUCCGGUUCACAUUCGUGAAGUGUGUGUUUUCCUCGCUCCUAUAUUCAGUGGCAUGACUGCCGUUGCGACUUAUUUUUUCACGAAGGAAAUAUGGAAUGAAGGGGCGGGUUUGUUUGCUGCUUGCUUCAUCGCCAUCGCUCCCGGCUAUAUAAGUCGUUCAACCGCCGGAAGUUAUGAUAACGAAGGAAUCGCAAUUUUCGCAUUAAUGUUUACUUACUAUUUGUGGAUUAAAGCUGUUAAAACUGGAAAAGUUUUUUGGGCCGCGCUUUGUGCCAUCGCAUAUUUUUACAUGGUAUCUGCUUGGGGAGGAUAUGUGUUCAUUAUAAACCUCAUCCCAUUACACAUUUUUGUACUAUUAAUCAUGCAGCGAUAUAGCGCAAAACUGUACGUGGCUUACACAACGUUCUUUAUUUUGGGUUUAAUAAUGUCGAUGCAAAUACCAUUUGUUGGUUUUCAGCCACUACGCACUAGUGAACAUAUGGCAUCAAUAGGAGUGUUUGCACUUCUUCAAGUUAUCGCUUUUUUCAAAUAUCUACAAACCCGCGUUCCCUCUAAUACUCUGAAGCAAUUAUUUACAUUUGGUGCCAUUUUUUCUGCUGGAGUUAUAUUUCUUGUUGUAGUUGGGCUAACAUAUGCUGGCGUUAUUGCACCAUGGAGUGGCAGGUUUUAUUCUCUAUGGGAUACUGGUUAUGCUAAAAUACAUAUUCCAAUUAUAACAUCCGUUUCUGAGCAUCAACCUACUUCAUGGGCAUCCUUCUUUUUUGAUCUUCAUGUAUUAAUUGCUACAUUUCCAGCUGGUGUAAAACUUUGUUUUAAAAAUUUAAAUGAUGAACGUGUCUUUGUUAUUCUAUAUGCAAUAUUUGCAUCAUAUUUUGCUGGUGUAAUGGUUCGUCUUAUUCUUACAUUAACACCAAUUGUUUGUGUGUUCUCUGCUAUCGCUUUUUCACGUGUCUUUGAAUUAUUCUUAAAUGAACAAGAUGAUGAAAAUAAUAAUACAACAAAUCAAUCUAAUAAUAAUGAACAAAAUUCUAUUGAUAAACGUUUAUAUGAUAAACCGAAUAAGACGAAUAAAAAGGUGAACUAUCCUGAUCAAGACACGCCAACAACUACCACCAGUGGUAGUCAGUCAAAGCAACAACCAUCAGGAAACAACGGGAGUAAUCUGCGUGCAGUCGCUUACGUUUUAAUUAUAUUCAUUCUGUAUCUGUUUGUUUCACAUUGUGUUUGGGUGUCAUCCAAUGCUUAUUCAAGUCCGUCUAUUGUGUUAGCUUCAUAUGGCAAAGAUGGAAGUAAAUAUAUCCUUGAUGAUUUCCGUGAGGCUUAUUUCUGGUUAUGGCAAAAUACAAAAGAAAAUGCUCGGGUUAUGUCCUGGUGGGAUUAUGGAUAUCAAAUUGCAGGGAUGGGUAACCGCACUACUCUAGUUGAUAAUAACACAUGGAAUAACAGUCAUAUCGCAUUAGUUGGUAAGGCUAUGGCAUCAAAUGAAUCAGAAGCCUAUAAAACUAUUCAAAGUUUAGACGUGGAUUACGUGCUGGUCAUAUUCGGCGGUUAUAUCGGUUACAGUGGUGAUGAUAUUAAUAAAUUCUUAUGGAUGGUGCGUAUUGGUGGCGGUGAACAUCCUAAUGAAAUUCGUGAACGAGAUUUUCUAACUUCAACAGGGGAUUAUCGUAUAGAUAAAAGUGCUUCUGAAACGAUGCUCAAUUGUUUAAUGUAUAAAUUAAGCUAUUAUCGGUUUGGUGAAGUUCGCCUAGAUAUGCGAACACCACUUGGAUUUGAUCGUACCAGAGGAUCUGAAAUCGGUCGUAAAAAUUUUGAAUUAGACUACUUAGAGGAAGCUUUUACAUCGAAACAUUGGCUUGUAAGAAUUUAUCGUGUACUACCUCCUGAAAAUCUACCACAUCUGUCGCGUACACGUCGUCGGAUUCACCAUCGAGCUUCAGGGAAAUCUCGUCUGAAUAACCGUGGUCGACUGAAUACACCUAUUUAAAGUUCAUGCAAACAUUUCACUUGACACCUUUUCUGUUUAUACCAUAUAACUAAUUUUGUUCAAUAUUCACUUUCGAUGUGGUUGUUGUUUUUUUAAAAAAAAUUUUUCAUUUGUGUAUAAAACCAUGUUCGUUUUAAACAAGAAUUUAUAAAGAAACUACCUUUGUAGUGUAUUAUUAUGCAUGUAUGGUGUAAAAAUGAAAUCAAAAUUGGCCUGUAUUACAACGAUUUAAUACCGAUGCAUAAACUGUGAUCUUGUUGUUUUGUUUGAUCGAAUUCUUCUUCUUCUUCCAGUCUGUUCCUUCAAGGUUUUUUUUCUUGGUUCUCUUCUUUUCUGUUAAUCUAUUGUAUUUUGGUGACUAUGAACCUUGUUGAAUUCUUCGAUAUCGUUUUCAAAUACAUAUGUUUUGAUAUCACAUGAUUGUGUGUGUGUGUGUGUUUAUCUGUUUUGUAAUGUCCUAUUGAGUAUAAAAUUGAAUUUUCGACAAGUUAAUGCAAACUUCUUCUUUAGUAAGUGAAUGAAUAAAUAACCCAGUUAAGUUGAUACAAGUCUAAAUAAUACAAAAGAAGAAACGAGAAUUUUUAUUAUUGCAAUUAAAACAAUUCAAAUCAUGCUAAUGUCAUGUUAUUCAAAUUAAAGGCGAGACAAUGUAUGUGUAUUGGUGAAAAACAUCAGCGUUUGUUGUUACAAUGAUUUUGUUCAACUGAACAACUUAUUUUUACACUACAUAACUGUAUAUACCAUUUAUAGACAUUAAGUAAUAGAUGGGGUUUAUUUCUAUCAACGUAUUGUUGAUUAUGUAAUAUGGGCAAUAUUGAUUUACAUUAACCGUCAAGUAAUAAAUUGUUAAACCAGGAACACGAACAUGAUUAAGAUUCGAUAUGACUAGAAAGAGAAUGGUAGUUUACAUUCAGUUGACGAGUCUUGAGAAGAAUGAAGCUGGCGACCUGGAUCCCAUUGUUACUUCUACCAUCCAACUUUACUUAAGAAAUACUUGCGACUGAUGGCAAUAUCUAGGCGAACCGCUCAUGAGUCACAUGACAAAAUAGAUUGAUACGUUGCAAUCCUUAUCGUCAACAACAUGAAAAUUCAAACUCUUUUAACUGAAUUAUGAUCAUGAAUUAUUUUCAAAAAUAAAAUAAACUCAAUUGCGAAACUCUCUUCUCUUUCAUAGUACCAUGGAAUGUGUUAUUUAAAAUAUUUAAUUUAAUUAAAC